AUGCGAACAUUCGGGUGUCAGACAUACAUACUGACGCCUAAAGAGAAUCGACUCAAGUGGGAUCCAAAGGCUCGCGCUGGCAUAUUCGUGGGCUACGAAGAAGUUUCGAAGGCAUAUCGUGUUUAUGACAUCGAGGCGGGGCAGGUGGUUAUCAGCCGCGAUGUCAACUUCGACGAGUCCACCUUUGGACUUCAACUGCCGAUCACUGAUGAAGAUGUCGAUGACCUGGACUUCGAAUUGCUGGAUCUUGAUGACGAAGAGCUGCGUCAAAUGGAGUACAAGCAAACAGGCAAGCGCAAGAACCGACUCAAUGAUGAAGAUACAGCAGCUCCACGACCGCGUGCAGUGCGUCAACGACCAGGACUAGAAGAGUCAAGCGCGCCGGAAAACAACUCGUCACGACAAGAAGAAGACGAAGAAACGAAGGAUUCUGGUGAUUCAACACCGCCUGUGUUUUGGCGUGCGAGUGCAAAUGCCGUUGAAGCAGCAGUGGACUUAUCAGAACCCUCAACAUUUGAAGCAGCAGUAAGCGGCCCUGACCAAGUGCACUGGAGAAAAGCAAUUCAUGCAGAGCUCGAGUCAAUGCGACUUCGCGGUGUGUUUCGUGCAGCCAAGCUGCCCAACGGACAACGCGCCAUUGGCACAAAAUGGGUGUUCAAGAUCAAGCGCAAGGCGGAUGGGUCGAUCGAGAAGUACAAGGCAAGUCUCGUGGCAAAGGGCUUUCUCCAGAAGUAUAGAAUCGACUACACCGAGACGUUUUCGCCCGUGGUCAAGUAUGUGACGCUGCGAAUGGUGAUCGCAAUUUCCAAGCAUUUUGGAUGGCCCAUCGACCAGCUUGAUGUGGUGACAGCUUUCCUGUAUGGCGUCAUGAAGGAACAAGUGUUCUGCGUGAUUCCUGAAGGCGUCGAACUUGACAGUACGUUCGACUGCCUGGAAUUGGUGAAGUCAAUUUACGGCCUCAAGCAAGCGUCGCGAGUGUGGAACGAGACGUUCGACGAGUAUGUGUGCUCCAUCGGAUUUCAAGUAUCGGACUUCGACCCAUGUCUCUACAUCAAGACUUCGGACGGCCAUUGCGUGUUUAUACUGGUCUACGUGGACGACGUCUUGGUGACUGGAAGCUCACUCGAGCUGAUUGCACAAACCAAGAACGACCUGAAGACGCGGUUCGAAAUGACGGACAGCGGCAAGUGUGCGUUUGUUCUUGGGAUCGAGCUUUUGGACGGUGAAGAUGGCAGUGUGACACUAUGUCAGCGUCGGUAUGUCGAUGAUAUCCUCAAGCGCUUUGGCAUGGAUGAUUGCAAGGCAGUCGCAAGUCCAGUCGACAUGAGCUCUCGACUUGUUUCAAGUGAUGCAACUACCAAGGUCGAUGCUCCUUUUCGCGAAGCUGUUGGUGCGUUGAUGCACCUGACCACUGCAACGCGUCCGGACAUUGCGUUUGCUGUGGGCUAUGUGUCGCGGUUCAUGGAAAAUCCCCAAGAAGAACACUGGGUUGCAGUUAAGCGUAUCUUUCGCUACCUACUGUUGUAA